AUGAUAGACCAGUCUCACAUGAUAGACCAGUCUCACAUGAUAGACCAGUCUCACAUGAUAGACCAGUCUCACAUGAUAGACCAGUCUCACAUGAUAGACCAGUCUCACAUGAUAGACCAGUCUCACAUGAUAGACCAGUCUCACAUGAUAGACCAGUCUCACAUGAUAGACCAGUCUCACAUGAUAGACCAGUCUCACAUGAUAGACCAGUCUCACAUGAUAGACCAGUCUCACAUGAUGGACCAGUCUCACAUGAUGGACCAGUCUCACAUGAUAGACCAGUCUCACAUGAUAGACCAGUCUCACAUGAUAGACCAGUCUCACAUGAUAGACCAGUCUCACAUGAUAGACCAGUCUCACAUGAUAGACCAGUCUCACAUGAUGGACCAGUCUCACAUGAUAGACCAGUCUCACAUGAUAGACCAGUCUCACAUGAUAGACCAGUCUCACAUGAUAGACCAGUCUCACAUGAUAGACCAGUCUCACAUGAUAGACCAGUCUCACAUGAUGGACCAGUCUCACAUGAUAGACCAGUCUCACAUGAUGGACCAGUCUCACAUGAUAGACCAGUCUCACAUGAUAGACCAGUCUCACAUGAUACAGUCAUUAUUUUCUCGUUGGAGAGAGAGAGAGAGAGAGAAACAAAUAAAAAUUAGAUAUGAAGUCAAGCCAGAGGAGGUCAAGCCAGUAAAGACCAAACCAGAGGAAAUCAAGCCAGAGGAGAUCACGCCAGAGGAAGUCAAGUCAGAGGAGUUUAAGCCAGAGGAGAUCAGGCCAGAGGAGGUCAAGCCAGUGGAAGUCAAGCCAGAGAAGUUUAAGCAAGAGGAGAUCAGGCCAGAGGAGGUCAAGCCAGAGGAAGUGAAGCCUGAGGAUAUGACGCCAGAGGAGGUCAAGCAAGAAGAAGUCAAGACAGAGGAGGAAAGCCAGAGGAGGGGAGGUCAAGCAAGAAGAAGUCAAGCCAGAGGUGGAAAGCCAGAAGAGGUCAAGCCAGUGAAAGUCAAGCCAGAAGAAAUCCAGCCAGAAGAGGUCAAGCCAGAGGAGUUCAAGCCAGAGGAAGUCAAGCCAGAGGAUGUCAAGCCAGAAGAAAUCAAGCCAGAGAAUGUGAAGCCAGAGAAUAGGAAGCCAGAAGAAAUCAAGCCAGAGGAAGUCAAGCCAGAGGAGGCCAAGCAAGAGGAGGUCAAGCCAGAGGAAGUCAAGCCAGAGGAAGUCAAGCCAGAGAAUGUGAAGCAAGAAGAAAUCAAGCCAGAGGAGGUCAAGCCAGAGGUCAAGUCAAAGAAGGUCAAGCCAGAGGAAGUGAAGCCAGAGGAGUUAAAGCCAGAGGAGGUCAAACCAGAUGAAGUCAUGCCAGAGAAGGUCAAGCCAGAGAAGGUCAAGCCAGAGGAAGUCAAGCCAGAGAAGGUCAAGCAAGAAGAGGUCAAGCCAGAGGAGGUCAAGCCAGAGGAGGAAAAGCCAGAUGAAGUCAUGCCAGAGAAGGUCAAGCCAGGGAUGGUCAAGCCAGAGAAGGUCAUAAAAGGUCAAGCUCUGAAAGUCAAGCCUGAGGAAGUCAAGCCAGAAGAGGUCAUGGCAGAGGAAGUCAAUACAGAGGAGGUCAAGCAAGAGGAAGUCAAGCCAGAGGGGGUCAAGCCAGAGAAAGUCAAGCCAGAGGAUGUCAAGCCAGAAGAAAUCAAGUCAGAGGAGGUCAAGCCAGAGGAGUUCAAGCCCGAGGAGGUCAAGCCAGAGGAAGUCAAGCCAGAGGAUGUCAAGCCAGAAGAAAUAAAGCCAGAGGAGGUCAAGCCAGAGGAGGUCAAGCCAGAGGAAGUCAAGCCAGAGGAAGUCAAUCCAGAGAAUAUGAAAAAAAGUGUAGCCAGUGAAGGUCAAGCCAGAGGAGGAAAGCCAGAGGAGUUCAAGCCAGAGGAAGUGAAGCCGGAAGAAAUCCAGUCAGAGGAGGUCAAACCAGAGAGUUUUAAGCAAGAGGAAGUCAAGCCAGAGGAUGUCAAGCCAGAGAAUGAGAAGCCAGAGAAUAGGAAGCCAGAAGAAAUCAAGCCAGAGGAGGUCAAGCCAGAGGAGGUCAAGCCAGAGAAGCCAGAACAAAUCAAGCCAGAAGAGGUCAAGCCAGAGGAGGUCAGGUCAAAGGAGGUCAAGCCAGAGGAAAUCAAGCCAGAGGAGUUCAAGCCAGAGGAGGUCAAUCCAGGUGAAGUCAUGCCAGAGAAGGUCAAGCCUGAGAAGGUCAAGCCAGAGGAAGUCAAGCCAGAGAAGGUCAAGCGAAAAGAGGUCAAGCCAGAGGAGGUCAAGGCAGAGGAGGUAAAGCCAGAUGAAGUCAUGCCAGAGAAGGUCAAGCCAGAGAUGGUCAAGCCAGAGAAGUUCAUGCGAGACGAGAUCAAGCCAGAGGAGGUCAAGCCAGAAUUGAUCAAGCCAGAUGAGGUCAAGCCUGAGGAGGUCAAGCCAGAAGUGAUCAAGCCAGAUGAGGUCAAGCCUGAGGAGGUCAAUCCUGAGGAAGUCAAGCCAAAGGAGGUAAAAAUUGAGGAAGUCAAACCAGAGGAAGUCCAUCCAGAGGAGGUCAAGUCAGAGGAAGUCAAGCCAGAGGAGGUCAAGCCAGAGGAAGUCAAUCCAGAGGUGGUCAAGCCUAUGAAAGUCAAGCCUGAGGAAGUCAAGCCAGAAGAGGUCAAGGCAGAGGAAGUCAGUCCAGAGGAGGUCAAGUUAGAGGAGCUCAAGCAAGAGGAAGUCAAGCCAGAAGUGGUCAAGCCAGAGAAAGUCAAGCCAGAGGAUGUCAAGCCAGAAGAAAUCAAGUCAGAGGAGGUCAAGAUAGAGGAGUUCAAGCCAGAGGAGGUCAAGCCAGAGGAAGUCAAGCCAGAGGAUGUCAAGCCAGAAGAAAUGAAGCCAGAGGAGGUCAAACCAGAGGAGGCCAAGCAUAAGGUGGUCAAGCCAAAGGAAAUAAAGCCAGAGGAAGUCAAUCCAGAGAAUAUGAAGCCAGAAGAAAUCAAGGGGGAGGAGGUAAAGCCAGAGGCGGACAAGCCAGAGGCGGUCAAGACAGAGGAGGUCAAGCCAGACGAGGUCAAGCCAGAUGAAGUCAUGCCAGAGAAGGUCAAGCCAGAGAAGGUCAAGCCAGAGGAAGUCAAGCCAGAGAAGGUCAAGCGAAAAGAGGUCAAGCCAAAAGAGGUCAAGCCUGAGGAGGUCAAGCCAGAGGAGGUUAAGCAAUAUGAAGUCAUAACAGAGAAGGUCAAGCCAGUGAAAGUCAAGCCAGCGAAGGUCUUGCGAGAAGAGGUCAAACCAGAAGAGGUCAAGCCAGAGGAAGUCAAUCCAGAGGAGGUCAAGUCAGAGGAAGUCAAUCCAGAGGAGGUCAAGCCUGAGGAAGUCAAGCCAGAGGAGGUCAAGAUUGAGGAAGUCAAGCCAGAAGAGGUCAAGCCAGAGGAAGUAAAUCCAGUGGAAGUCAAUCCAGAGGAAGUAAAGCCAGAGGCGGUCAAGCCAGAGUAA